AUGGGUCGCACCGUCGACCAGGAAGUCCACGCUGCGUUUGUCGAGUUUCGCGCCAAGGAAGACGACAAGUGUCUCUCCGUGCAGUGCAUCUACUGCCAGCAGAUCCGAGCGAAGAACACCAGCCGGCAGAAGCAGCAUCUCCUCGAGUGUCCCGCCCUGCGCGGACAUAACAACCCGCACGCCCAGCCCGCGCCGCCGCCCCAGCAGCAGCAGCAGCAGCAGCAGCAACAGCAGCAACAGCCGCCCAACGGCGUCGGCGGAGCUGCCAAUGGCUACGGUGCUGCGCCAGGCGGGCCUCCGGGGCCUCCGGGCGGGCCGGGACCAGCCACCGCGACGCUGCCGUCGACCAACGGGGCCAUGAUGACGCCCGGAGUCAACCCGCACGCCAGCGGGAUGCAGACGCCCAUGCCAAGUCUCCCCGGUCGUCCCUCGCUGCCCUCGCAGGCCGCUCCGCCCUCCGCUCCUCCCUCCGCUGCUGCGGGGCCUGCGCGUCCCCACGGCACGCCCAAAGUCGCCAAGCAGCCCCGCCAGAGCACCUCCAGCCUGCCCGCUCCGCCGCUCGACGACGUCCACGCCGCCUUUGUCGAGUUCCGCGCAAAGGAGGAAGAUAAGUGUCUCUCUGUACAAUGUAUAUACUGCCAGCAGGUGCGCGCAAAGAACACCAGCCGUCAGCGCCAACAUCUGCUGGAGUGCCCUACAUAUCUCAACGUCAUGAAAGACUCCAUCCCUGCAAACAACCUGCAGCACACUUUCCCCGAAGGAGACAUCGCUCGGUCCCUGCAGCUGCCCGCACCCACUCUCGAGCUGGACUUCCGCAUGAGCAUCAAGCUCAACCCGUCUGUCUCGCUUGGCCACAGUAUCUGGGGCCAGAGGGACUGGGUCACCUUCGUCGGUGGCCAGUGGGCCGGCAGAUGGGGCAAGGGAGUUGUCCUGCCUGGAGGUCAAGAUUCGCAAGUCGUAGUCAAGGAGCUGGCUACCAGCAUGAAAUCGUCCUACCUACUACAAACUUCUGACGAGCCGCCGGCGUUCAUCAUGGUCAAGGCCAACGGCUGGAUGACCGGCGCAAAGGAAGUCCUAGAAAAAGUCGCUGAUCCUACCAUCGCCGACUCGAUCAACCCAAACACGUACAAGUACCGCGUCAACAUCUCCAUGGAAACUGGCGAUGAGCGGUACGCCUUUGUCAAUACCAUCAUGUGGGUUGGCAGCGGUUGUCGACGUGGCUCAGAAGUGAUCCUUGAUGCAUUCCGUGUCAACUAG